GCGCCAACGACGCCUCCCCAGUCAUACUUCGUAUACCGAACAAGUCGCUUCCAUUUUUAAACGCGUUUGAAUUUGUUUAUUUUUUUUAAAGUGCGUGCCAGAUCUGCGAAAAAAAUAUAUACCACAAAAUGUCAGUCGAAAGGUGUCGGGUCAGUCUUAUUGCUCUCGUAGCCAGUUUAGCAAUCGCCUCCUGCGCGCAAGUAGAAGAUCCAUGCAAGACAAAAUCCAGAGUUGUAGCCGACGACAAAUACUGUGACAAAUACUGGGAAUGUGAUAGUGGUCAGGCUGUCCAGUAUGACUGCCCCAACGGCUUGGUAUUCGCGGGAAAGCAUCGAGGAGUCACCGAGGGCUGCGACUAUCCUUGGAGAUCGAAUUAUUGUGAAUACCCCAAAGUACAAAUAAACCCGCCAAUUGGUACGGAGCACUGUGAUUGGUUGUAUGGAAUCUUCGGACAUGAGACCUCCUGCACAAGAUACUGGACCUGCUGGAACGGAACCGCCACAGAGCAGCUGUGUAUCGGUGGUUUGUUGUACAAUGAGAACGCCCACUCAUGCGACUGGCCCGAAAAUGUUGACGGCUGUCAAAAACAUCCUCUCUGUAAUGAAGACCCCAACGGCAACGUGCCUCUCGGCAAAUCCUGCAACAGGUACUGGCAGUGUCAGGGUGGUUACCCUCGUCUCCAACGUUGCCCGGCUAUGCUUGUGUUCGACAGACGCUCUCUAAGAUGUGUCGUACCACCUACUGAGGAAUGUGACGUGCCAACCACCACACCCCAACCACAGGAGGAAGAAGAUGUCAAACAGGGACAGCAAAAUUCAAAGAGAACAUCAAACAAUGAAUACCAAGACGGCCAGGGUCAAGGUCGCCAGAGGAACAGAAAUUAAGCUCAGGUUCUAAAUCUUUCUUAAUACAUAGCAAUUUCAAUGGGCAUAAUAUUGAAUCUAACAUUACCAAAUUAUCCAACAGUUUUAGUUGAUAGCAUAUUUUAUAUUUAUAAGACUGCGCUUUUUGAGCAGUGAUUGUUUAUGAUGUUCUUAUCUGACGUUCUUAUCCAUUCCAUUGGAAGUUGUGUUACAUGUAAACCUAGCCUUAUUUUUCAUUAUACUCUUAAAGUGAAAAUGUCAAUGCGUGUGUUCGUGUAUGUCGUGUAAAGCACUAACUUUAAAAUUUACAUCAGCGUUAGAAUAUAUUUUGCAAUGAUUGUUUUUUUUAGGUUAUUAAAUUUUUGCCUUUAGAUGUUUAUUCUCAUUUUAGAGGUUCUUUUAGUGAACCUAAUCAUCAGAUAUUUUUUGACAUUUAAUUUUCAUUCAUUUUACAAAUAUCAUUCACAUUGAUCUUAACAAAUACGACAGUAAGGUAACGUCAGACUGUAAUUAUUUUAAAUAAAUUAGAAGAAAUAUAAUUCACGCACACUCAAUACUAAUAAACAUUGCAUAUCGGUUGAAUAUACACAAUGUUUUCUCUUAUUUUUGCAAAUAUCAAAUAACUGAUGUCAGAAAGAGAAGCAUUAUGAGACUACUUACGAGUUUGCUUGUAAGCAUAAUUCACCGCUGUACAAAGUUUUAUAGCAAAGAGGCCGUAUAUAUCACUCAUAGUAAAACUCCUUCAUUCUCAUUCGGGAACAGUCCCACCACACUUUAAGCAAUAAUAUUUAUAAUCUAUUUUUAUUACCUUUAAUUAAGUAAUAUGUAUUUUAGUGUUAGCUGCUGUAUAAACUUAAAUCUGUCAAAGAAAUACUCAUUUAAGCCUGUAAGUUACUCGUAUUUAAACGUCUGUUUCAUCGGUAUAGUCAGGUUAGAUUAAGUUUGUAUUGUUCUAAUUUUAAGAUAAUAAAGAUAUUUCUUAAA